ACAAAGACGAUGUCAGUUCGAACAGCAUUCGGCGGGGCGCAGGCUGCGUUCAGCUAUUAGCCGGUAUGGGGUCCGCGGCAUCUAGUAAUAUCUGUCUGGCCAACGAACUUUCGCCAAAUCUUGUACUCGUCUCUACCGUCGCAAAGCAUACCGUGAUGUUCCCCUACGCUUACUCAUUGCUGCUACUGGCAGCCGCCGCGACCCCUGCGAUCUUCGCUCAAACCGAGGUGGUGGUUUACCAGAACCUGUCACCCAACUACGACGUGUCUUCCACUUCAGUCAGCACCGUCACCUGCGCUGCUCUGCUCAAUCCACCGUACAAGACGUUCGGCGAACUCCCCUACUUCCCUUACCUCGCCGGCGCUUCGUUCAUCUCAGAAGGCGGUACCGCUGAGUGCGGGUCGUGCUGGCAGCUAACGUCGGCCAACGGCACGAUCAACGUAGUGCUCAUCAACCACGCCGACAACGGUUUCGAUGUUGGGCAUACGGCGUUCAACGACUUGACGGACCAUGGAGCAUUUCUGUACUCCAGCGUGAAUGCCACGGCGACUCAGUUGGACGCAUCUGUAUGUGGGUUGUGAGCGUGUUGAGGGGCAGGAUGUCGAGCAAGCUGUCGCAAGGCAAUUAUUAUACAGAGCUUGUAAUCGCCGGCCUUCUCACUGCACUUGGUGUCUAGACUUGAGCCACGAUGGUCGUGGAGAUGGAUCCGUUUACUUUGAAUUUAAGGCCCACUGCCCUAGUGUAAGGGAUGCGUACGAUGACGAUCGGUAGCUGAUUCUCGUACUCACCCGCUAUCGUUGUGUAGCAGAUAAUCCUUUGGAGAUUUGAGCGAAUUUUCUAA